ACGCUUUCCGCCGCACUCGCAGUCUCGCUGCCGUAGAGUCAACUUCCAGCGCGUCCCCAAAUCACACAAAACCGCCAACAUGUGCGACGAUGAUGUUGCUGCGCUCGUGGUCGACAAUGGCUCCGGCAUGUGCAAGGCCGGUUUCGCCGGCGACGACGCGCCCCGCGCCGUCUUCCCGUCCAUCGUGGGCCGCCCUCGCCACCAGGGUGUCAUGGUCGGUAUGGGUCAGAAGGACUCCUACGUAGGCGAUGAGGCCCAGAGCAAGAGAGGUAUCCUCACCCUGAAAUACCCCAUCGAGCACGGCAUCAUCACCAACUGGGACGACAUGGAGAAGAUCUGGCACCACACCUUCUACAAUGAGCUGCGUGUCGCCCCCGAGGAGCACCCAGUCCUGCUGACUGAGGCCCCCCUGAACCCCAAGGCCAACAGGGAGAAGAUGACCCAGAUCAUGUUUGAAACCUUCAACUCCCCGGCCAUGUACGUCGCCAUCCAGGCCGUGCUUUCCCUGUACGCCUCUGGUCGUACCACCGGUAUCGUGCUGGACUCCGGAGAUGGUGUCUCCCACACCGUCCCCAUCUACGAAGGUUACGCCCUGCCCCACGCCAUCCUCCGUCUGGACUUGGCCGGCCGUGACUUGACCGACUACCUCAUGAAGAUCCUCACCGAGAGGGGUUACUCUUUCACAACCACCGCUGAGAGGGAAAUCGUUCGUGACAUCAAGGAGAAGCUUUGCUAUGUCGCCCUGGACUUCGAGCAGGAGAUGGCCACCGCCGCCGCCUCCACCUCCCUGGAGAAGUCGUACGAACUUCCCGACGGUCAGGUCAUCACCAUCGGUAACGAGAGGUUCCGUUGCCCUGAAGCCCUGUUCCAGCCUUCCUUCCUGGGUAUGGAAUCGUGCGGCAUCCACGAGACCGUGUACAACUCCAUCAUGAAGUGCGACGUUGAUAUCCGUAAGGACCUGUACGCCAACACUGUCAUGUCCGGUGGUACCACCAUGUACCCCGGUAUCGCCGACAGGAUGCAGAAGGAAAUCACCGCCCUCGCUCCCUCCACCAUCAAGAUCAAGAUCAUCGCUCCCCCCGAGAGGAAAUACUCCGUAUGGAUCGGUGGGUCCAUCCUGGCUUCCCUGUCCACCUUCCAGCAGAUGUGGAUCUCCAAGGAGGAGUACGACGAGUCCGGCCCUGGCAUUGUCCACCGCAAGUGCUUCUAAGCGUGCUGAUUGCGCAACUGUCGCUGCAACUGUUGCGGCGGCAGCUGCCUGAUAGUGCUGUGUUGUGGUCGUUCCGAGUGCGUGACGCAUUUUGUACGUUGUACGUAGUGAUACAUGACAGAACUGAACAUCAACAUGUAAUUUAAUUUAUUUGUAAAAUUUAUAUAAAUUUAA